AUGGAGAGUGCCAUGAGAGUCUAUGAGAAGAUGUGCAAGUCAGGCGUCUAUCCCGAUCUCAGGACAUUUGAGACUCUGAUCUGGGGCUACAGUGAACAAAAUCAGCCAUGGAAAGAUGAGGAAGUCCUUCAGAUGAUGCGGGAGACUGGUGUCAAGCCGAAGCAAAGCACCUACUGUCUCAUUGCUGAUGCAUGGAAAGCUGUUGGUUUGAUUGAGAACACCAACAACUCAAAUGGUUCCCCAAACGGUCCUUAUGCAAUUGACAAAUUGGGUCAUUCAGAUGACAGUUGCAACGUGCAAAUAUCAGAAGACAAUAACAAGCUGCAAAGUUUUGGUGAAAGUAAUGGACGUGCAAUUGGUCGGUCACGUUCCAGUUUUUUUCAGAUAAAAAAUGCACUAGGCAGCAGUGGUAUAGUUUCUGCCAAGGUUAUGCAGGGACUUCUUGAUAAGUAUACGUUGACCAGGCAUAAGAAAGGUCUUGAAAACGUGGUCUCUGGUGUGGCUGACCAACUUUUUCAGCUACUGUGGGAAGAACCUGAUACGUUAUUGCACUAUUUCUAUUUGGAGACACUUGGAGGCAAUAAAGAGGCCACCAGUGGAUUCAAUGAUGUCAUGAUUGCUUCUUACUCCCUACAGAAAGAUCAGAAGCAUUUGACCUUGGCUCAUCUUUUGGAUAAACCAUGCUUCCUUGGACUGAAGUGCCUCCUUGGAUAA